AUGGAGAGGAAAAACUCCGAUAUAGAGACAAAUGCGAAUGUGGAAAUGGAGGAAACAUACUCCAUGUCAAAUGCUACUACCGAUGUCGAUGCUUAUAUGGAUGUGGACGAUGCCUCGACUCACAAUAUGACAGCUGCCGCCGCACAACUGACAUACAAUGCUGUCAGCACAUUCGCCCCUUUCAUACCAUAUGUCGAUUCCAUCUUCGCGGUAAUUGAAGAAAUCAUAAAAAUCUAUGAUAAUGUGGAGUAUAACAAAAAGACAUGCCGUAUUCUGGUAGAUCGUGUUGAAACGGUUAAUAUGGUAAUUCGUAAGUUGGUGCGUCGUAAAGAUGAAGAAAAAUUGUUCUGCAAUCAGGAUUAUUAUCACGCCUUCAUCCGUCUUGAUCAAACCUUGAAAAUCAUAAAAAGGUUUGUUCGCGAUGUGUCACAGUAUAAAAACUUUCGCAAAGUCCUUUUCGCAAAAAACAUUCAGGAAGAAUGUCAGGAUCUCAUAAGAAAAUUGGAAACAGCUUGUGACGACUUAAAGUUUGGUAUAAUCAUUUCGUUAGAAGAAAAACAAAGGGAACAAGCAAUCUUGAAGGAGGAUUUUGAGAACAUGAUAAAUAUGAUGGAUUCAUGGGACGAGAAACUCAAUUUGAUUACCGCACAAAUAUCCGAGAUGAAGAACACUGAUCAUAAGCUAAAAGUAGACAUCAUAGAACCGACAAGAUUGUCCGGAAGAACCACGAUGACUCGAGGGAAAAUAAUCAAAAAAAUCACGAGGGAAGAUAAUGUGCAUACAACGGCAAAACUCGCAAAUUUCAAUUUCAGUCGAGAGAUUAACCAGGGGUCAAUUGAGAUAAACGAUAUUUCAGAGUUGGUUCGUUGGAUGGCUCCCGAAAAAUUAAUCAGAGGUGGAAAGCCGAGAAAUUAUACAUAUCCGUGCGAAGUGUUUAGGUAA